UCAUAUCUCUUUGCUCAGUACAGUGUUUGAGUCAAGACCCUUGACCCCUUCUCGAGCUCUGCAUCUUAAACAGCAAAAAGCUUUUGUUUUCCGCACAGAGAGAGAGAGAGAGAGAGAGAGAGACGCGGUUCUCAAGGAGGGGAACGUUGGAACGGCAUUUAGCUGAAGUGGGUCUCUCGGGAAUAAAGCGAAAGGCUUGUCCAGAAUUCUCUCGGAGACGCAGAGAGGUAGAGAGAGAGAGAGAGAGAGAGAGAGAGAGAGAGAGGGAGCAAAUGGGGAGAGGGUUCAGGCUCAUCUUCGCCACUUCGCUGUUGCUCAUGCUUCUGGACCUGUGCAGAGGAAGCACUAUCGGAAUUUGCUAUGGUAGAAAUGCGGAUGACCUCCCGACACCCGACAAAGUGGCGCAAUUGGUUCAGCUUCAUAACAUCAAGUACCUCAGGAUUUACGACUCUAAUAUUCAGGUUCUCAAGGCCUUUGCAAACACAGGAGUUGAGCUCAUCAUUGGUAUUCCAAACUUAGACCUAUUGCCGUUCUCUCAGUUCCAAUCAAAUGCCGACACUUGGCUGAAGAACAGCAUCCUCCCAUAUUAUCCUGCCACGAAGAUCACGUACAUUACUGUCGGUGCGGAGGCAACAGAAACUUCCAGCAAUGUCACUGCCCUUGUGGUACCGGCGAUGCAAUACAUCUUUACAGCCUUGAGAAAAGUCGGUCUACACAAAAGAAUCAAAGUCUCCACGACCCAUUCCCUUGGAGUUCUAUCGAGAUCCUUUCCGCCCUCAGCAGGUGCUUUUAGUAGUAACUAUGCAUCUUUCUUGAAACCCCUUCUGAUAUUUCUUGCUGAGAAUCAAUCUCCUUUCAUGAUCGAUAUCUAUCCGUACUAUGCCUAUCGAGAUUCGCCAAACAAUGUCUCUCUAGACUAUGCCCUGUUCGAGUCGUCCUCGGAAGUGAUUGAUCCAAACACCGGGUUGCUCUAUACUAACAUGUUCGAUGCCCAGGUUGACGCUCUUUACUUUGCCCUCAUGGCUUUGAACUUCCGGACGAUAAAAAUCAUGGUCACUGAAACAGGAUGGCCAUCUAAAGGUUCUGCUAAAGAAACUGCUGCAACUCCAGAUAAUGCUCAGACUUACAAUACAAACUUGAUCCGUCAUGUGAUUAAUGACACGGGAACUCCUGCGAAGCCCGGUGAAGCGUUGGAUGUGUAUAUCUUCUCGCUUUUCAAUGAAAACAGGAAGCCUGGUUUGGAAUCUGAGAGAAACUGGGGGCUAUUUUAUCCUGAUGAGACAAGUGUGUACAAUUUGGACUUCACUGGAAGAGGCUCCGUAAAUGUGAUAACCGGAGCUAAUAUUACCAGCUCUAACAGAACAACGUGGUGCAUCGCUUCGUCUAAUGCAUCGGAUAUGGACUUGCAGAAUGCCAUAAACUGGGCCUGUGGACCAGGAAAUGUGGACUGUUCUGCAAUUCAACCCAGCCAACCGUGUUAUGAGCCUGACACCUUGGUUUCUCAUGCUUCUUUCGCCUUCAACAGUUACUACCAGCAAAAUGGCGCUACAGAUGUUGCUUGUAGCUUUGGAGGGGCAGGAUUAAAAGUCGACAAGAACCCAAGUUAUGACAAGUGCAUUUAUGUGACUGCCGGGAGCAACAAAACCGCUACAAGCAAUGCUACGGCCAUUUCUUCACAUUCUUCCUCCCAGGCAGGUGAAGUCCAUAUCUCGGCAUUAAGCCACACUAUUAUGACAUUUUUCCUGUUAUUUAUUUUGAUCAUCGGCAACGUCUAAAGAAUCAUGGGGAACUCCUCAAAGAGGCUGUGACUAGAAUGUGGAAGUCUUUCCACUUUAUAUGGAUGUAUCUGUGGGGGAAAAAGAAUUACCAUUUUUGUUCAUCUGUCCAAAUGACUCUGUUGAGUGCAAUUUGGGCCCCUAGUUUUGCAUUACCAUGUCAAUAGAGGAAAUGCGUCUUCAUGGAAAAUUUAUGUGUACAAAUGGCCCAAGCUGGUUCUUCUUUGUAAGGAUUUUGGUGGACCAUCUAGUAGUCCUACGUAAUUGUAAAAGUGAAAGGGGCUGCGGUAGCGAACUCAUGCAAGUGAUGCUAGUCGCAAAAUGUGAAAACUCAAAAAGGUGUAAAGGAUUUUGCCUAUGUCUUGGAUUUAACUGAAGCUAGUGGCAAAAUGUGAAAUCUCAAAAGGUUUGGAGGAUUUUGUCUUUA